UGUUUGAUUAUUACAGUAAUAUAAAAAGCUUUGCCCUCUCAAAAUUAUUCCUUUCAUUGUCCCACAUUCCAUUUUCUCUCUCCUUCAAAAUCUUCCAUUUUGGCCCUUCUCAACUAAGAUCUCUUCACUUCUCACUCUACAUAUCUUUCCUUAAAUUAGAAGAACAUCCCAAAAAAUAAUUCGUGAAAAAUCUUCUACCUUGUUUGUUUCCUGGAUAGUAUAUCAAUACAUUCUCAUUUAUCCCUUUUUGUUUUUGUUUUCUGCUUGAAACUCUGAAGUGCCCUUCAAUUUUAGGGCAAUACCCACAAAAAUAAAGCAUGUAUUCUCCUACUUGGGUGCAUUUGCUUCCUGUUUGAGCUAUCUUACCUUGCUUUUUUAGGCAUUUUAACCCAAAAGAUUCAAUCUUUCCCUCAAAAAUAGCACCAAACAAAAAAUGGUUGUGCAAAAUUUGCUGUUUUUUCUUCUUCUGCUAAUAAUACCCUCUGUUGUGCUGUGUUUGGAUACUUUGAAUGAUGAUGUUCUUGGGUUAAUUGUGUUUAAGGCAGGUCUUAAUGACCCACAAUCAAAAUUAGUGUCUUGGAAUGAGAGUGAUGACAGUCCUUGUAAAUGGGAUGGAGUUCAAUGUGAUCCAAUAACUAACAGGGUCACUCAGCUUAAUCUUGAUGGGUUUUCGCUCUCCGGUCAGAUUAGCCGAGGUCUGUUGCGACUGCAAUCUCUGCAAAUAAUCUCUCUUUCUAACAAUAAUCUUUCUGGGAGUGUAAAUCCUGAGUUUGCUCAUCUUUGGAGCUUGCAAUCCAUUGAUUUGAGUGGGAAUAAUCUAUCUGGGUCUAUUCCUAGUGAGCUUUUUGAACAAUGUGGGUCUUUAAAGUCUGUUUCUUUUGCUAAUAAUGGGUUGUCUGGUGCAUUACCAGAUUCUUUGAGUUCCUGUAUGACAUUACAGUCUGUUAACUUGUCAUCGAAUCGAAUUUCGGGUGGUCUGCCUGAAAAGAUUUGGUCUUUGAAUGGGUUGCAGACUCUUGAUUUGUCAAAUAAUCUGUUGGAAGGUCAGAUUCCUCAAGGGUUUGGGGAAAUGUACAGUUUGAGGGUGAUUAGUCUAGGGGGAAAUGCAUUUUCUGGGCUGUUACCAGAAGAUAUAGGGAGCUGUUCACAAAUGCAGUCAGUUAAUUUUGGUCAAAACUCAUUUUCUGGGGUGAUUCCAGAAUCAUUACAGAAGCUUAAUAUAUGCAAAACAGUAAGUUUGAAUGGGAAUUUACUGAGUGGGGAAGUUCCUGAUUGGAUUGGGCAUAUGCAGAGCCUUGAAAGUUUGGAUCUUUCGGCAAAUCGAUUCUUUGGAAGAAUCCCUUUUACUUUAGGGAACAUUGGGGCAUUGAAGGAAUUGAAUUUAUCCUCCAAUGAAAUCACAGGUGGAUUACCUCAAUCUCUGAUGAACUGUGAUAAACUUCUGGCUCUUGAUGUUAGCAAGAACUUGUUAAAAGGGAAAAUGCCAAACUGGAUUUUUGGGUUGGGAUUACAGAAGUUCUUACUGUCUGGGAAUAAAUUCAAAGGAACUAUUGAGUUUCCACCUCUAAGAACAAAUGCAGUUUCUUAUCAGAGUCUUCAGGUUCUGGACUUAUCUUCGAAUGAGUUAUCUGGUGUGAUUCCCACUGAGAUCAAGGCUUUCAGAGGCUUGCAGUUCUUGAAUUUGUCUGGUAAUUUGUUGGUAGGUUCAAUUCCCAAAAGUGUGGGUGAUUUGAAUGUGAUACAAGUUGUUGAUUUGAGUUACAAUAUGCUAAAUGGAAGCAUCCCUUUGGAAGUCGGAGGUGCAGUCGCACUUAGAGAGCUAAGGCUCGAAGGAAAUCGAUUAACCGGCCAUAUCCCUUCUCAAAUCGAAAAAUGCUCAUCCUUAACAGCAUUAAAUCUGUCAGAGAACAACCUUACAGGUCCGAUACCUCCUACGGUAGCGAAAUUGACUAACCUUGAGAUUGCUGAUUUGUCUCAUAACAAUCUGACUGGCAAUUUACCAAAGGAAUUAACUGAUCUUUCGCACUUGGCUGUCUUCAACAUCUCGAACAACAACCUUGAAGGAGAACUUCCCGCAGGUGGCUUCUUUGAUAGUAUCCCUCUCACAUCAGUGUAUGGAAAUCCAUCCCUAUGUGGAUCAGUUGUGAAUCAGUCUUGCCCUGCAGUCCAUCCUAAGCCCAUUGUCCUCAACCCAAACCCAUCAACUGAUUCUGAAGAUGAUUCUUUUCCACCUAAUGCCCGUCACAAAAGGCUUAUGCUCAGUGUCUCUGCUCUAAUUGCUAUUGGUGCUGCUGCAUUCAUCUUCCUUGGUGUGGUUGUCAUCUCUCUUCUCAACUUCCAUGUCCGGAAUUCUUCUCAUCAGUUAGCUGUUCCCUUGGAAUUCUCCGGCAAGGAUGAGUUCAGUGGUUCACCAAUGAGUGAUUCCCAAUAUGGAAAACUUGUCAUGUUUUCAGGUGAAGCUGAUUUUGGAACGGGGGCUCAUGCUCUCCUCAACAAGGAAUCUGAGCUGGGUCGUGGAGGGUUUGGAGUGGUUUAUCAUACGGUUCUAGGAGAUGGGCGUUCAGUUGCAAUCAAGAAGCUCAGCAUCUCAAGCUUAAUCAAGUCUCAAGAAGAGUUUGAGAGGGAGGUCAAGAAACUCGGAAAAGUGAGGCACAAUAAUCUUGUGGCACUAGAAGGGUAUUACUGGACUUCAUCAUUGCAACUCCUGAUCAACGAGUAUGUUCCAGGUGGGAGUUUGUUCAAGCACCUCCAUGAAGAUCCAAGCAGAACAGCAUCUCUCUCGUGGCACCAGAGGUUCAAUAUAGUUGUUGAGGUGGCAAAGGGUUUAGCCCAUUUGCAUAAAAUGAAGAUAAUUCACUAUAACCUUAAAUCCUCGAAUAUUCUGAUUGAUAACUCCGAUGAAGCAAAGGUUGGAGACUUUGGUUUGGCAAGGUUGUUGCCUAUGGUAGACCGUUAUAUUUUGAGUAGCAAGAUUCAGAGUGCACUUGGGUACAUGGCACCUGAAUUUGCCUACAAAACUGUAAAGAUAACAGAGAAAUGUGAUGUCUAUGGUUUUGGCAUCUUAGUCCUUGAAAUUGUAACUGGAAGGAAGCCAGUAGAAUACAUGGAAGAUGAUGUUGUUGUACUUGCUGAAAUGGUUAGAGGAGCACUCGAGGAAGGGAAAGCAGAGGAAUGUAUCGAUCAAAGACUUGAUGGGAAUUUUGUCGUAGAGGAAGUUAUCCCGGUUAUAAAGCUUGGUUUGAUAUGCGCGUCUCAAGUUCCAUCAAAUCGUCCAGACAUGGCAGAAGUUAUUAAUAUUUUGGAGCUCAUUCAAUGCCCUUCUGAAGGACGAGAUGAGGAGAUCGAACAGGUUUAGCUUAGUCUUAUACCACAUUAAGAGGCUUGUAAAUGAUGGCUUUCAAGCGACUAAAAGAUUAGUUAUUAUUUUGGUUUCAACUUUCAAGAAGAGGGUAUAUAGAAAUUACAAAGUGUCAUUUCCCUUUCAACAUCUUUUUGUCAAUUGUUUUUUUUGGUAGUUUUUGUUUGCUGUAAUCCUUUUUGGUGUGUUUGACACCCACAUAUAGCAGUUCAUUGAGUAUCAUUUCUAUA